AUGAGUUCGUUACCCAACUUUCUUAAUCUGGGAACUCCACAGCGAAAAGCUAGUGAUUCACGAAUAGAACGGAUCAACAAGUUAUUCGACGCGAAGUUUAAAGAUGAGGCAUCGGUAGUCUCGAACAAUAGCACCAGUGUUGUAAAUGACAUCUUCGAACCUUAUGACAUGCACGAAGAAGAUGCAACUGUCAAGUAUAGACAGGCUUCCAGCCGACUUUCCCCCUCAGUAGAUUCGGUAAGCUCAAACGAAGGGUUUGGUGACGAGAUAAAUUCGCGAUUUAUGCCAAAGCUGCGAUCGAAGCACAGCAUAGUGGAACUAUCGCAACAUAGUACUCCAAAAAAAUCCAUAGCUAUUUAUGAUAAUCCAAUCCCGAAACGAAGAGUUCUGAAAGAGAAACUUGGUGAGCCUUUACCUCUACCGUACCUUGACCCAAAGAAACCUGUAGACGUUGGCACAGACCUUGAAACAAGAUGGAACACAAUAAUUUCCACUGCUAAGGUACGGCAAAAGAAGAAGCCCUUACUCAAUAAUACUAAACCGGCCCAAGUUGAAACUGCGGAGCCUAGGCUAAGGUCAUCGUCAGUACCUCAACGGAUAAGAAUACCAUCAAAGUCAGUCAUUGAAUCCAAUAGAGAGUAUACCGAUCUUGAAACACAACUAAAAAAUACCAGCGUCAAAUUAGAUAAGUUAAUUGAACUUUUGCAAAACAAUCAGCAGGCCAUCAAUAACAAAUACGAGCCUUUUAUCUGGUUAUUCUGUAUCAUUAUUCUCAUACUUUGCAACGUAUGGGUGUAUCAUUACCUGUAA